CACUCUCGACGCACGCUCGUCUCGAUACCCACUACCACCACCACCACCCCGAUGGCACGCGACUACUACCAGACGCUCGGCGUCCCCAAGGACGCCAGUGACGAGGCGAUCAAGAAGGCCUACAAGAAGAUGGCUUUGAAGCACCACCCGGACCGCAACAACAACAGCGAGGAGGCGGCCAAGAAGUUCAAGGAGGUCAGCGAGGCGUACGAGGUCCUCAUCGACAAGGACAAGCGCUCGAUCUACGACCAGUUUGGCGAGGAGGGCCUCAAGGGCGGCUUUGGCGGCGGCGCAGGAGGCGCACAAGGCGCCGGCAUGGGCGGCGGCUUCAACCCGUUCGCCGGCGGCGCAGGUGGCUUCCCCGGCGGCGCAGGCGGCACGACCUUCUCGUUCGGCGGCAUGCCCGGCGCAGGCGGCGGCGGCUUCACGCCCUCGGACCCGAACGACAUCUUCUCGGCCCUGUUCGGCUCGAUGGGCGGCGGCGGCAUGGGCGGCGGCGGUGGAGCGGGCGGACGGCGUGCGCGUGGCGCGGGCGCAGGCGCGGGCAACCCGUUCGCCGGUAUGGCCGGCAUGGGCGGCGGCGGCUUCCCCGGCGGGUUCGGCAUGGACAUCGACUCGGACGACGACAUGGGCGGCCCGGGCGCCGCAAAGAGGCCGCCGCCGCCGCCCGAGGCCGUCAAGCCGUUGCCGAUCUCGCUCGAGGACCUGUACAAGGGCACGACCAAGAAGCUGCGCGUCACCAAGAAGCGCCUCAACGGCCAGGAGGAGGCCAACGUUCUCGAGGUCGCCAUCAAGCCUGGCUACAAGCCCGGCACCAAGAUCCGGUUUGCCAAGGCGGGCAACGAGAUGGCCGGCGGCGCGCAAGACAUCGUUUUCGUCAUCGAGGAGAAGCCGCACGCGACGUUCAAGCGCGAGGGCGACGACCUCGUCUACUCGCUCAAGGUGCCCCUCGUCGACGCGCUGUCGGGUCCCGCAGGCGGCGGCAACGCGACGCGCACCGUCACGCACCUCGACGGCCGCACCGUGUCGGUCAACGUGCCGUUCCCUCGCGGCGGCGGCCCGCCGCUCAAGCCCGGCCAGGAGAUCCGCGUCGCCGGCGAGGGCAUGCCCAUCUCGCGCAAGACGGCGUCAAAGCCCAAGGGCGACCUCGUCGUCCGGGUCGAGGUCGUCUUCCCCGACCGCGUCUCGGCGUCGCAGGCCGAGGGUAUCCGCAAGGUGCUCGGCUAGACGCACGACCUCGCCCUCGCCGCUUUUCCCUCCCGUCUUCCUCCUCGUCAAACCUUGUACAUAGCCGCACGCAUGCGUCCCCCCUCCUCGUCCUCUUCCUCCCGCCCGCCGUCCCUCCCGCGGCCCGAGCGGACGCCGCAUCUCGUAGUUCUAGCAGUUGGAAAGAUUAGCAGUCUCCCUGUC